UUGACGAUUGACAGCAAAAUAAAAACAAGUUUGAAGUUUUAAUUUUUACACUCAAAAUGAAUUCAGCAAGUAUUCUUUCAAGAUAUAUUUCGAAAACUGGAGUCAAAAGUGUGACUAAAAAAUUUCCAAUAGCUGGUUGUACUAAGUUUUUCAGUUCCGAUAUUAUAAACCCCCCAGAUGAUCCUUCAUUUAUUAUCCCUAGGCCAAAAUCAAGGGAGAAUGAACCUCUUGAUCAACGCAAGGCAAGGUUAUUGUAUCAGUCCAGGAAACGUGGUAUGCUGGAAAACGAUUUGCUUUUGAGUACGUUUGUAGCAAAGUAUUUGGAUAAACUAACUGUAGAACAAAUAGAUGACUAUGACAAUCUGAUUAAUGGCCCCUCAAAUGAUUGGGAUAUAUAUUACUGGGCUACUAACAUCAAACCCACACCAGAGGAGUAUAAUCAUGAAGUUAUGGACAUGUUGAAGAUGCACUGUAAAAAUUUGAAUAAAGAGUCAAGAAUUCGGCAGCCCGAUCUAAAUUAGAAGACAUGAGGUAGUGCAGUAUUUUAUUUAUUAAAUAGUACUUAUAUUAUUUUGUUAAUUAUUUGUUGCAAUAAAAUCUUUGUUCACUAGUCA